GGUGUGUUUGAGUGCAGGGUCGGGGUGGGGAUUUACGAGUAAGUGGAAGCACGGCGAGGCCGACAUGUGCUCCCGCCGAUGCCUAAGCGUGUCGCACUAACGUCGUGCCCGUGAUGUGUUAAUGAGUUAUUGCGUGUGCAUACGAUUAUCUCUGCUACUACUAUUAUUAUUAUUUUUAAAGUCGUCGGACCGCAGCUGAUUGCUGAUAUUUUAAUCACAUAUUAUACAACAGUACUGAUCAACCACGUACACGGACGUCGUGAACAAAAUAUCAUAAUAAUAUUUUACUGUCGCGCCGCACGCCAGCCGUUCACCGACGACGACAUUUUUCUCCCGCAAUCGGGCACACAACAGUACCAAAUAAUAUUUUUAAUAAAUAAAAAAAAAACCGAUCGCCUGUCACAAGCCUACCUACUUACCCAAAGGGAACAUACGAGUUCAUCUGCACGAGCUUCCGAGGUUUUUCCGACGGCCGUUGCUGUCACGACGAAUGGCGAUAAUGAAAUAAUAAUAAUAAYAUUCAUAAUCAUCACCGUACGACGAGCAACUUAUCGUCGGUAUCAGACGUACAUUGUCCGGCCGUUGUGAGGCUCUCGCGGUGUCAUCGCCGUUUCGCGGUCGUCGUCCGUUUUUCGUCCACGCACAGGCCGUCCCAGCGGCGCCGGUGGUCACGGACCGAUGGCGGCCACCACUAUGGUCGGUAACGGACGGACCGAGCUCGACGGGACGUACGCCGGACGCUGCAGCGUCGAUCCGCCUGACAUCGAGGAUACUGCAGGCGUCGUGGAUGGGUGUGCCAGCGGCCUGUGGAAUAAGUGGUGGACAGACAUCAAACCCAGCACGCUACGAGGUGGCGAGAAGGCGGCUGUUCGCGAGGCCCGGCGUUGCCUCAAAUGUGCACAUGCGCCGUGCCAGCUGUCGUGUCCAACAUCCAUUGAUGUCAAGUCAUUUAUCACAAGUAUCGCUAAUCAGAACUAUUAUGGAGCCGCCAARACAAUCCUGUCGGAUAACCCGGUGGGCUUGUCUUGCGGCAUGGUGUGUCCAACGAGUGAACUGUGCGCUGGUUCUUGCAAUCUGGCCGGAUCAGAUGGUGGACCUAUCAACAUUGGUGGACUGCAGCAAUUUUGUUUGGAAGUGUUCAUGGACAUGGCAGUGCCUCCUUCAGCUGUUUCAUCGGACAGCGAUGACAAUGAUGAUGAGGAAUGCGGAGAUAAACCGCUAAAAGCUCGUGGCCAGAGUAAAUUUGCGCCCAUAACAGUGGUUGGCGCCGGUCCGGCGGGACUAACGUGCGCCACGUACCUGAACCGACUUGGGUACCGAUGCGUAACUGUCUAUGAAUCGGGUUUGUACGCCGGUGGUCUUAGUGCUUCUGAGAUACCAGAGUACCGGCUACCGUGGAGAGCUGUCCGUUGGGAAAUCGAGCAGAUGGUCGAGCAUGGUCGAGGUGGUGUUCACCUAGAGUAUGGUCGUCGGCUAUUUUCUUCCUCCUCCGGCGACAGUAGACCUGGUGACAUUACGUUAAAGGACAUAUUAGACGGACCAGAUGGCGCGCAGGCUGUCUUCGUAGCAGUCGGCCUACCGGAGCCUCAACUUCCAGCUGAUCUCUUCCGUGACGUUGACGUCAGUGGCACGAUGACCUCCGCCCAACAUCUGGGUGUGUACACAUCUAAAUGGCUGUUGCGCCAGACUUCAAGAUACUCCAAGAGGUUGCCGGAUGGCCGGGGAGGAUGUGGUGGCGGUGGUUGUGGUGGAAGUACUGGUGACGGUGGCUGUGGCUUAUUGAAGCCAGCCAACUCGCCCCUGCCACCAGACUUCAGAGGCAAAACCGUACUUGUGCUGGGUGCCGGCGACACGGCCAUGGACUGUGCGACGGCUGCGCUCAGAUGUGGCGCUCGUCGCGUCCGCAUCGUCUUCCGGCGUGGUACGCCCGACGUGCGUGCCGUCCCGGAAGAACUGGAAGGAGCGAUGCGUGAGCGUUGUGAACUGGUUCCACAUUCGCAGCCUGUACGGUUUUUGUUUCGUAAAACUCCUGGUGGUGAUAUUGAUCGGAUCCGAGCUGUGCAGUUCCGCAGAACAGACAUGGAUGACCUAGAACAGCUGCAGGGCUGCUCUGACGACGAAGAYCACUCUGCUGAUGAYUUGUUCGUGUUACGCGCCGAUUGCGUUGUCUCAGCGUUCGGCUCGCGGUUACCACAAGAAGUGGCAGCAGCCCUGGYGCCAUACGCAAGGGUGGACAGRCGCACCGGGCGAGUAUGCGUUGAUGCUCAAACCGGCCGCUGUGAAUGGUGGACGGACGCUGAUGAUACUAGAGUGGAUAAUGAAAAACAGGAACCAUUACGCGCCCCUCCACCGGUUUGGUGUGGUGGUGACGCUUCUUUCGCAAUAGGAUCUGAAUCUGAUCCAUCACAAACUACGGUAGAGUCAGCAAAUGACGGGAAAACUGCUGCAUAUUACAUACAUCAGUAUCUGCAGGAGUUAUAUGGUUACCGAAGCCAAAAUCAUCAACCAUCCGUUUCGAGGCCAAUGUUGCCAGGAUUCCGAACAGCAAUCGACGACGUGGACUUAUCUGUCCGGAUGUGUGGACUGCGGUUCAUGAACCCAUUUGGAUUGGCUUCGGCACCACCCACGACGAGCGCUGCGAUGAUCCGCCGAGCGUUUCAAGCUGGUUGGGCGUUUGCCGUCACCAAAACAUUCGGACUGGACAAGGACUUGGUAACGAACGUGUCACCACGUAUUGUAGGACUAGGUAGCCAUGGUGUAGGAGUUGGUUCGGCUGCCAGUGGUGUAGGACUAGGUACUCUUGGUGCCGGAGACCCAGACGUUGCUAGAAACGCUUUUUUGAACAUAGAAUUGAUUUCUGAAAAGACGGCCGCAUACUGGUUACGCUCCAUUCAGGAACUGAAACGCGACUUCCCACAGCACGUCCUAAUUGCCAGCAUAAUGUGCGCGUAUAUCGAGAGCGAUUGGACACUACUUGCCAGAUUGGCGUGCGACGCAGGUGCUGAUGCGCUGGAGUUGAACUUGAGCUGUCCUCACGGCAUGGGUGAAUCCGGGAUGGGUCUUGCGUGCGGMCAGGAUCCGGUGUUGGUGGAGAAUAUUUCGCGAUGGGUCAAGCGGGUGGCGGUGCGACCGGCCAGUGAUAGUGGGACGCCAACGGCAGUACCCGUGUUUGUAAAAAUCACACCUAACGUGACGGACGUGGUGGCUGUGGCUCGAGCAGCUGUCCGACUCGGUGGAGCGGACGGGGUAACUGCGGUCAACACGGUCUCGGCUCUCGGCCCGUUGCACGUGACCGGUAACGAUGGUCGACCGUGGCCGGGAGUUGGCAGACUCACUGCGGAAACACCAAGAACCACAUACGGUGGCAUGUCAGGCACGGCAGUCCGACCGAUGGGAUUGCGGGCAGUGUCAGCGUUGUCCCGUGCCUUAGGACCAGACAAAUCAGCAGGCGGUGAUGGAGGACCACCUGUUCAAAUAAUGGCCACAGGUGGAGURGAUAGCGCUGCGGCCACGCUCCAAUACUUGUACUGUGGCGCUAAAGUCGUGCAGGUUUGUAGUGCUGUCCAAAACCAGGACUUCACAAUUGUCCAGGACUACAUCACCGGGCUCAAGGCGUUGUUGUACAUGAAUGGUGUUGGCAGUAAAGAACGACAGGGGGGAAGUCAUCGUCCAACAGCCGCACUGGUUAAAGACUCGAUUGAUCUGUCCGACGACUAUGAUAUCUUUUCGACAGCAGCUGCGAUGGCAGAUAAAAGAGAUGGUUUACCGAUGUUUGGACCGUACCUGAAGGAAAAACGCCGCGAACAGGCGUGCAGUGCAGCAGCUGACAUAUCCAUCCGAUCGGGGRUUAAGUUGAACGUACCCAAUGAGAAGCCGGAACUAGCGGUAACGGUUCUGGCAACGAAGGAGACCGAUGACGGACUAGUUCCAUCUCUAGUAUCGACGCCAGUGGAACUGGUUGUGGGCCGCKCGCUGAAAACCGUUGGUGCGUACAAAUCGCUCGAUCGUCGUGCACAAGUCGUGGCGCUGGUCAACGAGGAUUCGUGCAUCAACUGCGGCAAGUGCUACAUGGCUUGCAACGAUUCCGGUUAUCAGGCGAUUACAAUGGACCCAAAAUCACAUGUUGUWMAGGUUCAACCCGACUCGUGUACGGGCUGCACGUUGUGCUUGACGGUGUGUCCAAUUCCCGGUUGCAUCARCAUGGUCGAAAAGACGGUACCACAUGUGGUGAACCGCGGUCUGGGCCUCCGACAGCUCGUGUCUACGUACGCGUGUCCCAACGACGGUGAAUACAUUGGCCAGUAGAGUUGCUCCGAGGAACAGGAUGACYGUGGCAGUGACGUGUCAGUGACGGUCACGACGAUUACACGUAUUAUCGCCGCUAAAAAUAUAUAA